GUGGCCCGGUGGCGGCGGCAGCUCAGACCCGGCCCAGGGAGAGGAAAGUCAGGGCUGCCUGAUGCUGAGAUCUGGAGCUCUGCUGGGAGUCACGCUGAUCUGCGUGGCGGUGUUGAGGAAGUGGAUCGCAGGUGGAGUUUGUCGCUGUUCGGUUCGUCUGGAUGGGAGAACAGUUGUGAUCACUGGAGCAAACGCUGGCAUCGGCAAAGAGACGAGCAGAGAUCUGGCACGCCGAGGAGCCCGGGUAGUGAUGGCGUGCAGGGACCUGACCCGGGCAGAACGGGCGGCUGAGGAAAUCCGCCGGUCGACAGGAAACGGUAACGUGGUGAUCAGACACCUGGACCUCGCUUCCACGUACUCCAUUAGACAGUUUGCUAAAGACUUCCUGGACAGCGAAGAAAGGCUGGACAUCCUCAUCAACAAUGCAGGAGUGAUGAUGUGUCCAAAACAGCUGACCGAGGACAACUUUGAGACACAGCUGGCGGUCAACCAUCUGGGUCACUUCCUGCUCACCAAUCUGCUGCUGCCGAAGCUGAAGAGCUCCUCCCCCAGCCGUGUGGUCAACGUGUCCUCCGUUGCCCACCGUGGAGGUCGUAUUGACUUUGACGAUCUGUUCUUCAGCCGGAGGCCGUACGGCGCUCUGGAGAGCUACAGACAGAGCAAACUGGCUAACAUCCUGUUCUCCAGAGAGCUGGCCCGACGUCUCUCAGGCUCUGGUGUGUCGUCGUUCUCUCUUCACCCAGGCGUGAUCCGGACCGAGCUGGGUCGCCAUGUGGAGGGUUGGUUCCCCCUGGUCGGGCUGCUGCUGAAGCUCCCAUCCCUGCUGCUCAUGAAGACUCCGUGGGAGGGCUGCCAAACCAGCCUGUACUGCGCUGUGACGCCGGGCCUGGAGGAGUUGUCUGGAUGCUACUUCAGCGACUGUGCAGAGAAAGAAACUGCUCCAGAGGGACAGGACGAUGUGGUGGCAAGAAAACUGUGGGAGGUGAGCACACGUCUGGUCGGACUGAAGAACACCUGCUGACCUUUAACCUCUGACACACGAAGCAAUGGAGCUGCAGACUGCGGACAAAUGAGGACAGAAACAAACAGAUUUACCUCUUGUAGAGACAAAUGAAGCUCUGUGUUGUUGCCCCGUUUGAGUCCCAGAUGUUCCAGCUGCUGAUAUUUGUCCUGUCCUCCAGACCUGGACUCUCAUGUGCAACAUAAACCUCCAUGUCCCCCGACUGUCCCCUCGCUGUCCCCUCACUGCUCCCUAAAUAUUUCCUGA